CCGACAUACUCAUCCAUAAGCUCUCGCAAUUCCUUCUUCCAUCCGCGACCCAUUCUCAGCAUAUCUAGGUGCAUUCCGACCAUCUCCGCCUUCUGUUCUUGGUGCAAAUCGAACAUGACGUCACGAACAAUGUUUCGCAAGAAUUCUUGCGCUCCUUGUGCAGAUGGGUUUCCUGGAGAUGCAGAUAUCGUCUCUACCGGGGAUCCAUCCUCG